AUGCACUCUCCCAAGAAAAAAAAAAACCUCUCUAGAAAUACACACCAAACUGAGCAUUUGCAAAAUGCCUACGGUUCAGUCUGUCUUAUCAGGAGAUAAGAGGUGGUCGCUUAAACAAGGGGAGGAACAGAACAAUCAGGAUCAAAUGGCCUUUUUGCACAAUGCAGAAGAUUAACCCCUUAGGUUCCACAGUGAGUGUAACAAGCAUGCUUUACUUCCAGGGGCGGACUGACCAUUUGGAAACUCAGGCACUGCCCGAGAGCUGCCCCUGGUACCUU